CGCAAGCGCUUGCACUUCUGCUACCGUGACUAAGAUGGAAGCGUUUGGGGAGUCGCGGCUCGGACUCUGGGCUGGGGGUCCGGCCCCCGGGCAGUUUUACCGCAUCCCGCCCACUCUGGGUUCCUCGGUGGACCCCGGGUCCGCGUUCUAUCGGGGUCCGAUUACGCGCACCCAGAACCCCAUGGUGACCGGGACCUCGGUCCUAGGCGUGAAGUUCGACGGCGGAGUGGUGAUUGCCGCAGACAUGCUGGGCUCCUACGGCUCCUUGGCGCGUUUCCGCAACAUCUCUCGCAUCAUGCGAGUCAACGACAGCACCAUGCUGGGCGCUUCCGGAGACUACGCCGAUUUCCAGUAUUUGAAGCAAGUUCUCGGCCAGAUGGUGAUCGAUGAGGAGUUGUUGGGAGAUGGGCACAGCUAUAGCCCUAGAGCCAUUCACUCCUGGCUGACCAGGGCCAUGUACAGCCGCCGCUCCAAGAUGAACCCCCUGUGGAACACCGUCGUCAUCGGAGGCCAUUCCGACGGAGAGAGCUUUCUCGGUUACGUGGACAUGCUUGGUGUUGCCUAUGAAGCUCCUUCGGUGGCCACUGGUUAUGGUGCAUACUUGGCUCAGCCUCUGCUGCGAGAAAUCCUGGAGAAGAAGCCAGUGCUGAGCCAGACCGAGGCCCGGGAGCUCGUGGAACGCUGCAUGCGAGUGUUGUACUAUCGGGAUGCCCGCUCGUACAACCGGUUUCAAAUCGCCACCGUAACUGAAAAAGGUGUUGAAAUAGAGGGACCACUGUCUGCAGAGACCAACUGGGAUAUUGCCCACAUGAUCAGUGGCUUUGAAUGAAAUACAGGUGGAUUAUCCAGAACUGAAGUUGUGUCCUCCUUCUUUGAACUUGGCAGAUUCAAAGCCACUUUUCUUUUGUAAAAUAAAUCUUUUGGAAUGCUUG